AUUAAAUAAAAAAUAAGGGUAGGAAAAGUGCAUUCCUUUUCUUGGGGGGUGUUUCGUAAAUUUCGUUCUCAGUGGUUUCAAAACAAGUCGAAUUGAAAUCUCAGGUUUCGUUCUUGGGCUCAUUCGAAGCUGAAGCGAGGAGAGUCUUUGCUAUUUCAGGGGAAAUGUCAUCAUAUGAUAAUGUUGUAACUGGGAAACUGAAGCUUAAAGGAAAAGCCUUGGAUGUGAAAGCUGGUGGGGUGAAGAAGAAAAAGAAACAUAAGAAGACUAAUGAUGAAAUUACCAAUGCCAUAGAUAAUGGUGUCGAAGCAGGUGCAAGCACAGAGGUGGUAACUGAUCCCGGUGAAAAAGAGAUAGUAGAUCCUAACGCACUAACCGGAGAAGAGAAAGCUGCUCCUUAUGAUGACCAUCUCACACCUGCAGAGAAACGAUAUAUUGAGCAGAGAGAGAAUCUUGAUAUUAAUAGGUUGGCCAGGGAAGCAAAUAAAUCUCAUCGUGAUAGAAUCCAAGAUUUCAACCAGUAUCUGGCAAACAUGAGUGAGCAUUAUGACAUCCCUAAAGUUGGCCCUGGUUAACUCAAACAAACCAUGGAGUACCAUGUCUAGACUAUCAAUCUUCUGUACUUUUUGUUGAAGUAGCUGUGUUAUUAUACUGCCAAUUUAAUAUCUCUGGGUGUUUGACUGUUUGUUGGCACAUGGCAGACUAUGCAAUCUGUUAGUUCUUGCUGUUCUAGAGUUUAGUUGAAGUAUUCUGCUCUUUGUUUUGUUUUGGUUGAGCUUGUGAAUCUCCUUGAUAUCAAUAGCCCCUAUGAAAUCUUAAAUAACUAUGAUAACUGGAGUAAGAAUUAGAACUUAUUCGCAUUA